UUCUUGACAGUGGCGCUUCGGCACAUUUCUCUCCGGCAGUGAAAGCGGCGGGUCGCUGCUCUGAGGAUUACCGACACAAACUGGAUUUUACACCACAUUCUUCAGCUGCUUUGUAACCAGCUCGUUCAGGAAUUAAGCGUCAAGAUGUCAAGUGAGGUGCAGCCAAGGCGGGGCGACAGCCCCAACACCAGUGGGGGAAGUUCGGACGCUGAGCAGAGGGAAGCGGCUCCGCCCCAGCAGCCGGGUCCCGAGCAGCGGGACCAGUCCCAGCCCAAGAAGAAGGAGGCCAAAAUAUCCAGCAAGACUGCUGCCAAGCUCUCCACCAGCGCCAAACGAAUCCAGAAGGAGCUGGCAGAGAUAACCUUGGACCCGCCGCCAAAUUGCAGUGCCGGUCCAAAAGGAGACAACAUCUACGAGUGGCGGUCGACCAUCCUGGGCCCUCCAGGCUCGGUGUACGAAGGAGGUGUGUUCUUCCUGGACAUCGUCUUCACACCAGACUACCCCUUCAAACCACCCAAGGUAACGUUCCGUACGAGGAUCUACCACUGUAACAUCAACAGUCAGGGUGUGAUCUGUCUGGACAUCCUGAAGGACAACUGGAGUCCUGCCCUGACCAUCUCCAAGGUCCUCCUGUCCAUUUGCUCCCUGCUGACAGACUGUAACCCCGCCGACCCCCUGGUUGGGAGCAUCGCCACACAGUACCUGACCAACAGAGCUGAGCACGACAGGAUAGCCAAGCAGUGGACCAAACGCUACGCAACAUAGACCAGAACCUUCAACACACACACAUACACACACCUCCAUUUACAGAAGCACACCCGCCCCUCCCACCCCUGAGAAACGAACUGUUAUUUGUUCCAUGCUGACUUGAAAAGCUUCUUUUUUAUACAGUCUAUUGGAUCAUAUUUUCCAAUACACUGAAUGUUGAUAUGGUCAUGAAAAGCU